AUGGAGGAAAGCAGAAAGAGCAAAGUAUCUACGCAGUUAAUUAGAGGCUCGAUCCGCGAAGGAAGCAACCGCGACACAGACUUUGGCCCGAAGUCUAUAAGCAGACUUAAAAUGCGAAGAACAUCAUUCGGUUUCACCAGUGUACCUGGUAUUAAGCCCGUUGAUAGAACAUCUCAGGAAUCUCCGGCAUUAGCCCUGCGUAUAGCGGCCGAGGUGAUGCGCAAACUCAAGACCUUCAACUUCAACAGAUAUCGGAUCAUAACAGUAGUGACCAUAGCCCAAAAGCGCGCGCAGAGCUACAACAAUGCGAUCAGUUUCCUUUGGGAUCACGAGCGCGAUGCUUACGUUGAUCUUAUGAGAGAGGUAAAUACAGCGUUCGUCCAGGUUACGACUUUUGGGAUUUAUCUCGAC